AUGGUUAAGACAAAAACUAAAUCUAAAAAACGUCGUACAUAUACUACUGAUAAACAUAAUUCAAAAACACGUAUUGACACAAUAAAUAAAGUCAAUCCAUUUGAUUUACAUGUUAACCGUUUAAAACAUGAUGUACUUGGUAAACGACGUAAUUAUGAAAAAGGUGGUCAACCACUUAAAUCACGUUCACGUGGAAUUGAAAAAAGAAAACGUACAUUAUUAAAAGAAUUAAAUUCUGUAUUUAAACAAAAUACAUUUAUUGAUCAUCGUCUUGGUGAAAAUGAUCCAACAUUAACAAAUGAUGAAAAAUUUAUGCAACGUUUAAUUGCUGAACGAACUAAAACUCGUCCUGGUAAAGAAAGUCGUUAUAAUUUAAAUGAUGAAGAAGAUUUAACACAUUAUGGUCAAUCAUUAUCAAAAUCUGAUGAACUUAAUCAAAAACCAAUUAUUGAUGAAUAUGAUGAUGAUGAUGAUAAUAAUUUAAAUAAAGGUCGUUUAAAUUCUGAACAUUUUUUUGGUGGUUUUAAAUCUUCAAAUGAUCAACAUAAACCACAAACAAAACAAGAAUGGAUUGAUAAUAUGAUAAAAAGUACAAAAUUAGAUAAAUAUGAACGUCAACGUGAAAAUGAAAAACUUUAUGAUAUGACACAAACACUUGAUGAACAAUGGAAAGCAUUAAGUACAUUAAUGGGUAUUAAAGAAAAAAAG